AAGAGAUGUUACUUAAUUUGACAUAUUCAAUUCCAUUUGACAAUUAAAGUACAUUAUAAGAAAUAAAAAAUGGAAUCUCCAAAUUCAGGAUCUUGGCAGCCAAAUGAAGAAUUAUUAGAAAUGUUAACUGGUAUGGGUAUAUCAAAAAUAGCUGCUGAACAUGCAUUAUAUUACACCGGGAAUCAAUCAGCUGAAGCUGCUGCAUGCUAUGUAUUUGAUAAUCCUGACAUAGAUGUUAUGCCACCACUUUUAACAACUCAAAAGAAAACAACCAGAUCAAAGAAAACUAAAUCUGAACGAAUAGGUGAUGCGGCAGGUUCUAGUGAUGAUGAGGAGGAAGAUUAUCAUAAAAUGGUAUUCGUUAUUAAUUCUUCAUUAAAUAUGGGUCCUGGAAAAUUAGCUUCACAGGUGGCUCAUGCAGCUCUAGGUCUUUAUAGAACUCUUCGUAGUAAUACAUCGUUAGCAAUACAAGGUGAUGCAAUUACUGAAAGUUUAUAUGAAUGGGAGAAUGAUGGAGAAAAGAAAAUAGUACUUCGUGGUGUUGAUGAAUCUCAUUUACGUGAAUUAGAAGCAGCCGCACAAAGUAUUGAAGGACUUCAUGUUCAAACAAUUAUUGAUGCAGGUCAUACACAAGUUGCACCAGGUUCAUUAACUGUAUUAGCAAUCUUUGGCAAGGAACAAAUAAUUGAUAAAGUAACUGGUGAAUUACCAUUACUAUGAAAUGUUUAAAAAUCAUUUUAUUUUAUUUUAUUUUAUUUUAUUAAAUUUAUAAUAAGUAGUCGAUGCAGAUGCAGAUGCUGCAGUCUGUUAAUGGUAUAUUUACUUAAUGUAAUGUACUAAAAAUUAUAUUUAUUAUUCCAAGAUUACACUAAAUCUUAAAAAUUCAUUGUAAUUUUUAAGUAAAUUUACUAAAAAAAUAUUGCAUUCAACACUUUUCAAGUUGACUUAUAUUUCCAUUCACGUAACAUAACAUUAUAGUUUACAGUACAGAGAGGGGUUCAAUAACACUAUUACGAAACUUCGUGAGUGGCUUCAUUUCAGUGUAACCUACAACGUUUACAUUUACGAAAACUUUGAAAUUGGGGCGUUUUCAAUGUGGAAAACGGAAAACAUGUCAAUUAAACGAUCUUUUGAAACAAUAUGAACAACCAUUUGCAUUUUUCUUGAAUGCGUAAGUCUUAGAAAACGGCUCAUGAAAUUUGUAGGCCAGUAUGAGAAUUCAAUUUUACUAAUAUUUAUUAAACAUUUCUGUAAUAAUUAGUCAGUUGUUGAUAAAUUUUCAUACCCUCGUUUACCGACAAGUUGGGGGUGGAUGUUACGCCAAACGGUGCGAUAUAUUUGUGGGCCACCAUUAUUCUCUCUUAUUAUAUUCACUUAUCUUGCAUUCAAGAAAAAAGCAAAUGGUUGUCCAUAUUUUUUCAAUAGGUCGUUUUAUUGACAUGUUUUCCGUCUUCCACAUUGAAAACGCCCCAGUUUCAAAGUUUUCGUAAAUAUAAAGUUACACAAUGUUUGUAGGGUACACUGAAAUGAAGCCGCUCACGAAGUUUUUUAAGAGUGUUAAUCACGAAACUAUACCCUCGUCUGUACUGUAGACUAUUAUUAAUUAUAAAUAUUUAUUAUUCAAACUCAACUUACUGAAUUACUACUACUCAAUCAAUACUGAUUACUGAUUAAAUUGAUUAAUUGAUUAUUAUUCCCAAUAGAAUCAAACUUAUAUAUAUUAUUAUUCCAUUUUUGAAUUCUAUUUUUUAAAAAUUCCAUUUUUAUUCACUAAUCGAUAAAUACCAAAUGUUUAAUUAAUUGAAAACAUGCCAUUUUAUUUCUAAUAAAAAAUACUUUUUAAGAGACAAGCUUUCAUUGUACUAAAAAAUAGAAAAUAAUAUUUUCUAUAAGUCACUCACACAUGACUAUUUGUUGUAAAGCUUGAGGUGCUUAAUAUCAAGAAUAAAUCGAAGCGUCCCAUCCACCCACUCCACAUACUUAUUUUUUCGAUUCAUUCUUGAUAUUGACUGCCUGAAGCUUUUACAACAAAUAGUCGUGUGUGAGUGACUUAUAGAAAAUAUUAUUUUCUAUUUUUUCGUAAAACGAAAGUUUG